AUGGCACCCAGUCCCCAGGUCGCCGAGGCGCUCGCCCGCACCGAGGCCUCUACCGGCGAAAAGACGCCCCUCUACGAGUCCCUCGUCGGCUCGCUCAAGACGCUCUCCACGCCCGCCACCGCCAUCGAGGACCUCACAGCCGUCGCCGACUCGUUCUUCCAGCAGUCCCUCGGCGUCGUGUCGACGCGCUCCAUCCUCGGGGCCUUCCUCGCCACGCUGCCGACCUUUGACGACGACGCCCUGUCCAUCGCCGUGGGCGAGCACACGCUCGCGCGUCUCGCCGCGCAGCCGGCGUCGUUCGCCGACGCCGCGGCCGAGCUGGGCCUGCUCGUGGCGGCGGCGCACGAGGCGCGCGACGACUUUCUGGCGGCGGCGCAGACGCUGGCGGCGAUCCCGCUCGACAGCGCGCAGCGCAAGGUCGGGGACGCGGACCGCGCGCGCGUCUGGGUCCGCAUCGUGCGCAACUACCUCGAGGUCGACGACCCGCUCGCCGCCGAGACGUACCUCAACAAGCUCAAGAACAUCAUGCACACGGUGCCCGACGCCGACCUCGCGCUGCACUUUGCCCUCUCGCAGGCGCGCAUCCAGGACGCCAAGCGCGACUUUCUCGGCGCCGCCGCGCGCUACCACGAGAUUAGCUUCUCGCCCGCCAUCGCCGACGAGGAGCGCCUGCACACGCUCGCCAUGGCCAUCAAGUGCGCCAUCCUCGCGCCCGCCGGCCCGCUGCGCAGCCGCGCCCUCGGCCGCCUCUACAAGGACGACCGCGCGCCCCAGCUGCCCGAGUUUUCCAUCCUCGAGAAGAUGCUCCUCGACCGCCUGCUCGCGCCCGCCGAGGUGGCCGCCUUUGCCCAGGGCCUGCAGCCGCACCAGCGCGCCACCACGGCCGACGGAUCCACCGUCCUGGACAAGGCCGUCGUCGAGCACAACCUGCGCGGCGCCAGCCGCCUCUACGACAAUAUCCGCUUCGACGCCCUCGGCGCCCUGCUCGGGCUCGACGCCGACAGGGCUGAGCGCACCACGGCCCGCAUGAUUGAGCAGGGCCGUCUCGUCGGCCGCAUGGACCAGCUCGACGGCAUCGUCUGGUUCGAGGGCGGCGAGGCCUCGGGCGAAAAGGGCAGCGCACACGCCAAGGAAACCGUCGGCAAGCAGACGCGCAAGUGGGACGCCAAUGUCGAGAGCCUGGCCCAGCAGGUGGAACAGGUGACCAACUCUCUCCAGAGGGAGUUUCCGGGAUUUGUUGCUACGCAUUUGGCGGUCUAG